AUGUUCGGAAUGGCUUGGUUUAUUAUUAAAAGGAUGCCAAGAAUUCUUGCAUUAAUGCUAAACUUUAUUUCAAUAUUCUUGAUGGUAUUUUUAUUAAUUGGGUGUUACAAUGAAGAACAACAGACAACCUUCCUGACUCGUUUCCAAUUCAACAAAGAAUCACCAAUGUAUUCCAUCAUUGAAAAUACAUUCAAGGGAAAAACGGAGACUGAAGGAUUAGAGAAUAUUAGGGUCAAAGCAGGAUACUUGGGAAUCUGUGUCAGCAAUUUGCCUCAAGCUUAUUCGCGUGAUCCUGUACUGUGUUUUGGACGUAAGAACGUUACAGCCUCUCCACUAUACGAACACUUGAACAUUAAAAUCUUCAACAUCCCAUCAAGAGAAAACGCUACACAACCUGAUACCACGAAUUUAAAUAUUUUAGAUUUGGCCCAUCUUUCUAUUGCCGAUGUCAUUCAUCCAUAUAUAUUGAUGCUCAACGUCAUUCUCUGCAUAUUAAUGUUCUUCUUAACACUCUAUACUGCAGUUCCAAAAUUGCCAUUUAAGAGGGCCCUAAAUUCUGCACUUUUGAUUAUCAGUCCAAUUUUAGUCGUGUUACUUUCAUUUGGCUCGAUGUGGAGCCAUGUAGCAAUAAGCGCCAGUAAGGCUUUCAUUCCAAAGGCAAGUAUGAACAUAAUAAAAAUUCAUAAAGGAAGAAAAUCAUCUUCAAUGGUCUGGUUCAGCUUCAUCUUCAUCCUUCUAAACUGUAUUAUCAUAUGGGCAAUAUACUUCCGUGAUAGAAAAAGCCCUGAAGAGGAAACAUCAGAGCAACGUGAGUAUAACAAAUAUUCCAAUAGCGAAUAUGGUAGAUAUAACGGUGACAGGUCCACCACAAGUACAAAAUAUUGA